GUUCGUUCAUUGAUUUCAGUCCGUUCGCGACCGCCAUCCGCGUUGGUGGUGUACAACUUUGUUUCUUCGAUAGAACGCGUUAUUGUGUGAUUUGUGUUUUGUUUAGUGGUGCACGAUGGCUUACAACGGUAGUGGUGGCAAGAGACUCUGCACUGGAACCGACCUCGACGUUGAAAGGAGCAAUGGCAACAACUUCAUGUCGGGCGAGCCGCGGCGCAAGCGCGAGCCCCCGGCGCGGCCCAACCACAUCCUGCUGUACACCAUCAUCAACCCCGCCUACCCCAUCACUGUGGACGUGGUACACACAAUCAGCUCGCCGCACGGCCAGGUGCAGAGGAUCGUGGUGUUCAAGAAGAAUGGAGUGCAGGCGAUGGUGGAAUUCGACAGUAUAGACAGCGCGACGCGGGCGAAAGACUCACUCCACGGGUGCGACAUAUACUCGGGAUGCUGUACACUUAAGAUAGAAUACGCUAAGCCAGAGAGACUGAAUGUUUUCAAAAAUGACCAAGACAGCUGGGACUACACCACACUGAACGACGACAUGCCGCCGGCGCAACGCUCGGCGCCUCUGCUGCAGUCGCCGCAGUACACCGGCGGCCGCCCGCAGCCCUUCAAUGCCGCCACGGUGAAAAACCAACCUGUCACGAAAACCUGCAGUGAAGACACAUGCAGCCAGCAUUCCUGUGAUCAGGGACAAAAUGAUAUGGACUUUGGUAGUGGCGGUCCCCCGCCCCCGGGCAUGCUGAAGGAGAGACAUGGUCCGCCGCCGCCGCACCAUCCGCGAGACGGGCGCGGCUACGGUCCCGAAGGCUACGGCGGGGAGGGCUUCGCGCCGCCGCCGCCCAUGCACCACCCGGGCAUGCCGCCGCAGAACCAGGGCGGGCCCCCGCAGCAAGGCGCGGUGAUGAUGGUGUACGGCCUCGACCCGCAGACUGUGAACGCGGACCGGCUCUUCAACUUGUGCUGCCUAUACGGAAACGUUGUCAGAAUAAAGUUCCUGAAGACAAAAGAAGGUACGGCGAUGGUUCAAAUGGGUGACGCGGUGUCUGUUGAGAGAUGUGUGCAGAACCUCAACAAUGUGACGGUCGGAGACUACACGCUGACGCUGGCGUUCUCAAAACAAGCGUACCUAUCCGAGGUGAUGAACCCGUACCCUCUACCGGACAAGAGCCCCUCGUUCAAGGACUACGUCGGCAACAAGAACAACCGCUUCCUCACGCCCGCCUCCAUACACAAGAACAGGAUACAGCCUCCGUCUAAGGUGCUCCACUUCUUCAACACGCCGCCGGACGUGUCGGACGAGCAGCUGCUGCAGGUGUUCCAGGACUACGGCGUGGCGCCGCCGCACACCAUCAGCAAGUUCCCGCUCAAGAGCGAACGAUCAUCGUCCGGUCUAAUGGAGUUCCAGAACAUAUCGCAGUCGGUGAUGGCGAUCAUGGCCUGCAACCACGCCACCAUUCAGCAUCCUGGUGCGAAAUUCCCGUUCGUAAUGAAGCUGUGUUUCUCGUCGUCGCGACAAAUCGGCCAAGGCAAGGGGCAGCAGCCGGGCAAGAACUCACAGGACCCCAGCCAGAGACAAAACAACGGCAUCGACGAAAACGAGUAUUAUUAACGACGAUGGGGCGGCGCAAACACAAAAACACACAUAUCAAGAUGGACGACAUACAACACACACAGAAAAACGUCAAAAAAAGUGGGCGGGGGUUGCCAUUGCAAAAAUACUUUCCAACACACAAGCAGAGUCGGGACUUUUUAUUUCAAGACGCGAUGGCAACAUUAUAAUUCCUUACUUAAUUACUAUUAAUUACAAUGUGAUCUUUAUCACGCAUAGAAAGACAUUAACAUUUAGUUUUUAAUAUUAACUUUUUAGACACGGUAGGUACAUUGUUUGUUCAUGUUACAACACAUAAACAUUUCCAAGUUUUUUUUCUUUAUCUUGUGUUUUUUUUUUCGUGAGGCCACGCCUUUUUGCAUAUUAUGUGUAUGCAUUUUGUUUUUUUUUCUUUAUUAUUUGUGUCUAAAACCUUAGUAGGUUUAUUGUUUAAGUAAUAUUCCCAUUUUUAAUAAUUGAACCUAGACUAGAUACCCAGUGCCAUUUUCAAAGCCUGUGUCGAUGUAAAUUUCUUUCAAAACGUUGUUCUAUAAUUAUUAACUAUUAUGUAAUCAUUUAUUUGACUUUCAUUCUUGAGCAUUGAGAAUGGUACUGACUUUUCCCAUUUUUAAGUAUGUUUUUUAGAAAUAAUUGACUUAGGUGUUAUGGAAAUUCAUUGUUUUUUUUACAUCCUGUUUUUAAAAAAUUAAAUGAAAUAUCAUCCCAGUUUUUACAUGGAUAUAUAAUUUCCAUGAUUUGAAAUUCUUAUGAUCUUAAUAUUACGGAUUUUUGAUUAUUUUUUAAUUAUCUGGUUGUAGUUAAAACGAAAUGACAGUUGUGAAAUGUACAAGAAAUAAAGAAAUGUUAAGAGAAGUUAAUAACAUUUGAGUUUCAUUUUAAGUUAAUUUUAAGAUCUUUUACCAUAGUAGCAAGUAAAGGAAAAAAAUCAGAUUUUACUUUAAUUUAAACACGCAUAGAGUGUACAUGUUUCUUUGCAUGAGUGUAGAGUUUUUUUUUCAUUAUUAUUUAUGUCAUAUACAUAUAGUCGUUCUGAUUUACUGUAUCUUAUAAUAAAUUGUAUAACAAAUUCUUUGACCAUUUAAAACUAAAAAAUCAUCAUUUAAGAACCAAAAAAUAUCUAAAUGUAAGAAAAUAAAUAGCUUUAGCACUCUAGCUAGUAGUAAGAUUCAGCAAAUGUCAAUUAUAUUGAAUUAGUAAAGAAAACAACAACCGUUUUUCUAUAAAUUUUCUUAAAAUACGAUAAAAAUAUUUAAAAUUCUAGCGAAGUUGAUGCUUGGAACAAAGCUUGUCACUAGGAUGAUAAAAACGAAAAAGUCAUAUUACUAUGGAAUGUGUUAAUGAUAAUAUCAAUUAUAAAUUCCUCAAAAUAUAUAAAUAUAAUCUUUUAUAUCAUCCUAAUGAAAUGAAUCCGCCAUGAAUUUAAUAUAGUUCUUGAAUACAAUUAUUGGAAACACCAGAAAAGAUAUUUUAAGACUUGUUCUUUAAUUUCCUAAAUCUAGAUUAUAAAUAUACUUAGGUAUAUGUGUGUGACCUUUUUGUCUUAGCGUACCUAAAUCUUUGGAACUGCUUAGUCGAGAAAACUCCUUUCAUAGAUAUGCCUAAUCAGUGAGAAACCAGCUAAACUAGCGGUCUAAUAUAAAUAAAUAAAUAUUAUCAAAUAAAAUAGAUGCAUAUCUUUUUCCCUAGACAUAUUUUCGAUGAUAUUUUGUGUAUAGCGAUUAGAAAUAAAUGUCGUGAUACCUAGCUUAAAAUUGUUUUGUGUUAAAAAAAAUAUGUUUAAUAGUUUAUGAAAUGUUUUUUGUUUAAUCUAGAAUCUUCGGGUCUUUUCGGUGUGAAUUUUUCUUUAGCUACUCCCACUUAUAUACAUCAAAUUAAGGUAUAAUGUAACUAGAUGGGACACUUUAUAGGAAGUUUGCAAAGGAAAAAAAAUACCUAUAAGUAGUUAUAAUAAUUGCAACAUGUUCCUCGUCCGUGUCCUUUCUUGUUUACAUUUAAUUCAAUCUGUCAACUCAAUCCAGUUACAUUUAAUCCCAUAUCUCAUUAACAUCACAGAUUUUUCGUAAAUAUAUAGUACCUACAUUUCAAGUUACAAUGGCAACACUGUCGAAAAUGUCACAAUUUUGUAACCAAAUAUAAGUAGUGACAUUGCACUGAAAUUUUGUGGUGUGUUUAAUAGUAAAAUUAUUUUUUGUUACACAUAACACACAAUGUGUUACCGGCCAAUAUAAUAUUUAUAAAAUUGUAUUAUUUUAAAAGCUCUAUUGGGGACGAAUACACACUACGGAUCAGUUACAAUCAGAUUCCAAAAAGUGUAUAAAAAUACUAUAAAUUUACGAAUUAUUUGAUAUUACCAACAUUAUUAACUAUGACAUAAAAAAACUCAGCAAACAUGGUUUUCGCUGGAAACAUUGCACUCUCUUGCAUUACUAUUGAAUUUUGGCUCAGCCGUAUUUUUAUUCUUAGACUUACAUAAUAUUGAUAUAACAUAUGACUAGCUAUUGUCAGCUAGUCUCAAAAAAUAUUUUUCAGGAUUUAAAAUAAAAAGGUUAUUUAAUAUUUUUGACAUGGCAACACUAAUUUUUGUCACCAUAAUAUUCAACAAACAGAACGGCCGGGCCAAUUUCAAUUAUUAUUGAAAAGACAUUGUGAACAUGAAAACAUGCUAAUUAAUAUAAUUUUUAAUUAUUUUUAGAACUCUACCUAUUUUGAAACUAGGUAUUGUAGUUACAUUAUAAACAUUAAAUACAUGUCAACACAGCAAAUGUUUCAUUUCUACACACCCACUACUGACAAACAUAAGUACCUAUAUUUUUAUAUACCAUUCGGCGUCUCUAUUAGGGUAAGCGUCUACCUUUCGACUUCGUACCUAUCGGACCAAACGGAUUCGCAUAAAUGUAUGGAGAAACGUACUUCUGUGAAUUUCUAUAUGUAUACAAAUAAUACUGAAUGCGAUACGUCCGUUGCGUAUGAUGCAAGGUGGACGCUUAUCUGAGUCCCACAACGCUAACUUUGCAACGAGAAUAGAUGGUACCAAAGUAUCAAUGCCAAAAACCCUUGAUUCUUUCAAUAAAUUCGUUCAGUUUACUAAGAUUUUUCUCAUUGGCUAAGCUCAAGCUAUGGUACAGCUAAUGGUAUGACAAAAGAGGAUAUUCCAAGGUUAUUAUUACUAUCAAAAUUCUUAUAUCUAUAAUAAGUAGUGGCACGGGUAACUUUUGUAAAUAUUUCUUUAAAUUAUUUCGAAUUCAAAUUAUUGUAGAUAAGUACAGUCUAGUCGUAAGGAGAGAUAAUUUAAUUGAAUAGAAGCAGCACCUGAGUUGCCAAUUGUACGUUAUUUACGGACUAAAUAAAGAAUGUUUUUAUU